AUGAUGCAACACGGGCAGGUUCCUCUACCGCCUCCUAGUGGAAUGCCUCCGCAGCACGCGGGAGCACCUCCAUGGCCCCCUUCUGGCCCCCCGUCGGGACCUCCGUCGGGACCUCCUCGCCAAGGAAAUGUCGCUCCUGGCACCACUGGUAUCCGACAUGGUCAAUCACCAGGCAAUCAAAAGAUUACCGUGCCCACGUACUCCAUGUGGAAGCUGCGCAAAUUAUUAAAUCCUAACUUACCGCCAAAUAAACGUCAGGGCUGGGAUGCAAUUGAUCCUUCUCCGUUGCAUGCCCCUGAGACCGAAAUGGCACAACUGGUGAAGAAACGAAAAGUGGACAGCCGGAAGACACCUCAAGAGCAACUCAACAAGCUCAGCAGCAAGACAAGCAAGGGUGGGAUGCAGGUUGAGAAGUUCAUCAACCAUAUGAACAGUAUGCAUCAAGAGCAUGACCCUCAUGGUGAAUGGGUGCUGGUGUAUUGUGACUGGCAUGAAAAGAAAACUCAAGGCCUACCGGAAAUCCCUGAAAUCUCGGUGAUCUUGAAACGUCAACAGAAGACCGACUCGGCGAAUUCUCGUGCGUUGGCCUCAUCCUUGGGAUAUAUGACGUCGGGAUAUCCUACACAAUUUCCGAAUCCAGCAUAUCCGCAUAUGCCUCCGCAGAAUGGGCUCUCUCAAGGAUACCCGCCUCCUAGUGCCCCACACCAUCUACCAAAUCUAGGAUCGAACCCUGCUGUCAAGCCAAGUCACCCCCAGCAGAUGGCUCCGCCACCACCGCCAACGGGAGGGGCACCAAUUCUGCCUCCCCCCCUGGGCAUGCCGACGCAGAAAGCCCCCAAAGGAAUAACCGUCGUCCAAGGGAAGAAUGAUAGCAAAGUGGCCAAGAAGGGGAGCAAAAAGGCUCUGAAGCAUGACUUUUCCUCCGACAGUGAGGAAGAGAAGAAGAUCCAGGUGGAGCACGUCACCACAUCCACGUCGACCAUGAAGCUCCCGAAAGACGAGCCGUUUUCCGAGCGGUUGACUAAGACGUUCGAGCGAGGCCACGAGGAUGCGGCGAAGCUUGGCCACAAGCAUUCCAGGAAGAAUUUACGGCAGUCCGACCCCAUCGUGAUCCCGAAUCGCCCUGGGAGGAGAGAGCAGAGCUACUACACGAAAGGUCGGCGGAUCCCUCACCGGGAGAGCUCCUCCGAGACGCUGUACAUGGACGAUGGCUCCUCUUGCUAUUCAGGCGGUGGUCUCACGGAUGACACGCCGCCGAGCAGUCCAGGCAGCUGCUAUGUCGAGCCCCGGCUGACAAAACCUUAUCACAAAGGGGGAAAGCCCCAGGGCCGACACCAUCAACAGCCUCGCUAUCAACAGCCUCGCCAGCAUCGCAUCGAAAGGCCGCUCCAAAGGCCACCCCCCCCCGUAUCUCCCUUGACAACAUCUUUCGAACAGCCUCGCUCGCGUCGUGUCGAGAGACCGCUCCCACGGCCACACACUCCUAUUUCUCCCAUGUCACCACCACCAUUCAGCUACAUGAAUUCCCACCGUCCCUAUUAUCAAGACGAAUCCCCCCCUCGCCGAAGCCCUCCCGUCCUCGCGCCCGAGCCCCCACCCACCUUUGAAUAUCGACACGGAAUCGGCGCUCUCCCGCAACUGUAUCCACCGGGCCUAGGCCCCGCCGCCCCUCCAUUUUCAGGCCGUCCGGGUGGACAAGCGAACAUCGACAUUCCGCCAGGCUACGGCGACUACUUUAAAGACGACGGGUACGAGCGGGAGACCGACGCGCUGAACUAUAUCGAGGACAAACGACAUUCACUUUUGCGUCAAGCCAGGCUCUUGAAGAUACAGUUGGAGGAAGAGGCGGCGUUCAAUAGGCAUAUGGGCAUGCGGGACCUGGAGGAUGAAGUACGUGCCCUUAGGUCCCAGGUUCGGGGCUCUAGUUCUCCCUUCUCUUAUUCGCCUGGAUAUUGA